AUGGCAUCUGUAGCAUCUUUGGGCGCCGAUUGGUGUCUCACUGUUGAAUACUCCAAGGAAAAUCUCACGCAAUUGCUCACAGAGCUGUCAGCCAAGGGUCUACAUGCCUUGACAAGGCCAGGGCACAGUUCUGGGCUUGUGUACGUAUUUGUGAGCGACCAGAAUAACAAAUUACCGCUGAUAGUCUCGCACCUAAAGUACGUUAUCAAUGUUGUGCAAAUGGCAACGCCAGAAACUCGGCAGCAAAGACAAAAGUUAGCGCAGCGACUAGUGACCGGCUCCUUGGUACCAUCUGGAGAAGACCUUGUGCAAGUAAGUCAGACGACUGGAUCGCCUGAGAUUGGCAUGUAUUUUGCUUUCUUGAAGUACUACACUCGCUGGCUUAUGAUUUUGGCAGUCGUGGGUUUGGCCUUCCGUUUUUUUGACAGCCAAUCGUCCGCGUGGGAAUUCAACUUUAGUUACACAAUUCUCGUUGCACUGUGGGCCAUUGCAUUUGUUGCAUCGUGGAAAGACAAGUUCCGGUCCAAAUAUGGUGCCCAGCUUCAGUACGUGCCCUCCCUGGCACAGUUGAAACCUACUACAAGAUUGGUUUUCGUGAAAAAGAUGUGUUUCAUGCCAAUUGCACUACAGUUUGCUGCGUGUCUGGUUUCUUUCCAGUUUGUGUGUUUCUUACUGGAGAUUUUUAUCACUCAAAUUUACCAGGGCCCUCUGUCGAAUAUCUUGGCCUUGAUUCCCACUGGGUUAAUGGCCGUCUACGUUCCCAUUUUGACCAUGUUUUACGACUUUGUGUUGGACAAGUUGAUAGCGUGGGAGAAACCUGCAGAUCCCGUUCAGUCCAAACUCGAGAAAAAAUUCGUCUUGACUUUUUUAACCAGCUAUAUGCCAUUGUUCAUCACACUCUUUGUCUAUCUGCCUCUUGGACAUCAUAUCAACGCCCAAUUGGAGGUGUUGGCUCGUUUCUGCGCUCAAUAUCACAUUCCUGUUCUGAAGUCCGACUUCAAGGUCAACACCGGUCGCUACCAAAACCAGUACUUUUUCUUCAUGGUUACCGGCCAAAUAAUUGCCCUCCUUGUGGAAAAUGUGCUACCUCUAGCCUUAAAUAAGCUACUACCAAAAUUAAAAGGACUCGAUAAGCCUAGCUCCGCCGUCAAGCAGGCUGAAAUGAAGGUCUCUAAGGAAUACCCCGAAGAUGUUGAGAUUUGGAGGCAAGCAUGUCAAUCCAAUUCGAGUGCUUGGGGUGAGUUUGAUGUUAAUACCCAAACGCAUAAAUUGAUAAUUCAAUUUGGUUAUGUUACCAUGUUUUCGUGUAUUUGGCCGCUAGCUGCCUUGUGUUGCGUUUUUUUCAACUUAAUUUGCAUGAAAUUGGAAAUCUGGAGAUGCUUGAACAAGUGUGUUAUUAAAAGAUUGCCAAACACUGAAUCAUCUGGUCUGUCUUCGCAGUCACUUUCACAGAACAAAGCGAUUUCCUUCUGGGAUGUUGUUUUGAAUAUCAUAUUGUGGAUUUCGACUCUGGUCUCGCCAGCUCUAGUAACAAUGUACAGAGGACCAGCCGGUGGAGGACUAACAAUGGUUUUAGAGAAACGUGAACUCUGGCAUCUACAGUCUGUUGUGCACCUCGACUGGAAGCUGGUACUCAUCAGCGCGUUUGUUUUUGAGCAUUUGGCUGUAUUAUGUUACUUGGUUAUGAGCGAAUUAAUAGUGCUCGGAAAUCAAAAAGGCUCUGAGAGGUUUGUUACCGCUGAGAAACUUCAAGAACCACCUCAUAUUGAUCUGAGCAAAGUUGUGCAAGAAACUGCAAAUUUUAUGGAUAGCUCUAAGAAGGAUGAUGAGCCCUCGACCGUUGCAUCGAAAGCCCAGGUAUCAACGAAAGAUAGCGGGCCGCAAACUUCCGUACCCUCAUAUACGACAAAAUCAUCCGGUUUUGAAAGACCUAAAGAGGCUGCAGGCCCGUCACAGCCAAGAAAUACUGAAGAAAGUCAAUCAAAUGUCACAAUACCUGUUGAAAAGAAUGAAACUUCAGGCCAGCUAAGUCAACCUAGUCAAGCCAGCAAGUCUUCUGGUUCCUUAUCAUCACCUGUCGCAGGUGCUACUGUCCCUGACACUAUUCCCACGUCAAAAAACUACCAUUUGAGGUUCGAGCAAGGCAAUAAGCCUAUGAACUCGGAUUUAGAAGAUCGUCGAAGCUCCAAUACUAGUAAUGUACAAAGUAGUUUGGAUAGCGCAACACAAGAUGAGCGGGGUGGUGAAUCCUCUCAAAAAGAAGUUAUUCCGAAAGUGAUCACCACGUCGCCAUCUGAUGAGGCGAUGGCUGGUGAACAGUUCGUUCCCUCUCAAGUUGCAGACACCUCGAAAGAGCAUGUUGCCGAUAUUAUGAACGGAGGGGGUUCAUCUCACGGGAAUGCUCACGAGAGUCGUGACACAAGAGAAUUGGGGCCAGCAGAAGAAUUAGGCGCAGAGAAGGACAGCGAUUACCAAUCUGAGCACUCAUCUCCCACUGUUUCGAUGAAGCACACUCAGGCGUCGCACACGCCUCGUAAACAUGAAUCAUCGUCAAGGAAAAUAAUUAAAGAGGUUCUAUCGCCAUUGGGCAAACUGAAAAAGAAGUUCCCUUGA